AUGCCAGUAUCAGAGAAAUCUAAAAACUGGUGGGCUGAGAAACCUGCAGCAGCAAAUAAAGGUGGGAGCAGCAGACCCGAGGCACGUGGGGCACCAAAAAUACUGAAGAGCCUGAGGUUUGAGAUCCCUGUGGCACCAAACCUGUCUCGGAGCAACAGAAACAAGGUGCUGGCAGCCACUGAAGUGCUGAAUCCUCGAGAUUUUGUGUGCAUUCAGGCUUUGCCUGGCUUUGCUCAGAAGGAAGGAAAGGUCUUGGCCAGAAGCAGAACAGUUUACAGAAGCAGUGAACCUCCAAGAGAACAAGUGUUUUGGGAAAACUACUACAGGAGGCAAAAGCAGUUCACUCAGGGACACUUCACUCCCGCUGGGAAGCCUUAUCAGGAGCUUGGAGAGAUUCUCUACACGGACCCGAAGGAACUCACCCUCCACUCUUUGGGGCAGCUUGCACAGGAACCAGUGAAAAAAGAUGUGCAGGAAAAACCACCUGAAAAAUUGGCUGAGUGUGAUCCACCAGAACCAGUGAAAAGGCUCUCCCCGUUUCGAGAAACAGGAAAGAAGCUGAGGACUCUUACUAAAGCUCUGUCUCACUCAAGGCAUCAUAUCAAUUCUGUGAAGCAAGGUGGAGAAUACUUUGAUAUACUUCACCAAGAAUCACUGGAGAGGAAGAACACACUAAAAACAGAGCAGCAGGCUCAGGGCACAGGAUGGAGAUCUGAGUUCCAGCCACCCAAAUACUGCUCUGAUGCAAAGGACUCAGAGGAAAAAAUAAACAUCUGCUCUCUAACAGAAGGCAACCACCUGAGGAAGCCAGAGAAGAAGGAAAAAAAGAUGACCUUACGGUCUUUCGCUCCUGUUUAUACCAGUGUCUUGAUUCCAAGCCCCCCUGGAGCAAAAAGUGAACAUCUUUUCCGACAGCUGUGUGCCAUACACUGGCUUUUGGAAGCUCUGACUCUUGAAUCCAAUGGUUCGAAGCAUUCCAUAUUCGCCUGUUGGAAUCCAAUGGACCCUGGUGGUUGUAAAAAAACAGUAAAAGAAAUCAAAGAGGAAAAGUUAGCAAGGUACAUGUGGAAGCUCUUUACUACAAACACAAAGAAAUACACCAGGAAAGCACGAUACAGUCCACUUAAGAAGAUAAACAAGACCUCUAUCUCUCAGCUUAGCAAUCUGUCAUCUCCCUGUGGUCAAACCCCUCAUGGCAGCGAAACUUCCACUGUGCUUUGCUCUGAAGACAACGUCAAGAUUAAUGUAGCUUCAUCUGAUGUUACAACCCUACAGAAAGUCACCCAAAUGAUACAUGAAGAGGUGUCAAAAGAUGUCCAUAAACAAGAAAAGACGGUUAAGAAGACUGGACUGCAGCGCUGCCAUAUUGGCUCUUUCAUUAAAAGCAAAUCUAACUUGUGUGCCAAUAUGUGGCAGAAGUUCACAGCAGUACAUGAAGCAGCAGCUUGUUGUUGACAUGAUACUCUAGAGAGCCUUGAGAGGAGGCAGGAAGAGCGAUGUUGUCAAAAAUUCCAGGCUUUGAAACAACUGAAGUAUUCCAGAAAAGACAUGGAAAGGUUAAGACAGCUGGGCGUGAGACCUGAAAGAGAACGUGAUGAAGAUGGACCAAAGUGGUUUCCUGUAUUGCUUGCCAGACUCCCAGAGUCUGUGAAGAGUGACCAUUAUGUACAGAAAAUCUUAAAGAAACUGGAAAAAUACGACAAGACUCGUGACUUGAAAAUUCAUCCAGACACCUUUCUUAAGGCCCUGGCUAAUCUACAGGUGUGGGAGCUGUGUUCUCCAGAAAUUGCUGCAGCUGUGGAGUUUGUACGUGAAAGUGUUGUGCAGAUGCCAGAAGAGGAUUUCAGCGAGUGGUUUCAGGAAAGAGUAGACCCCUCAGUGCACAGUCCUCCACCUCUUAAUCCAGCGGCCACAUGA